AUGGAUAUCUCGGGGAUAGAAGUUAAUAAUAUUAAAGCUAAGAAAUCUGUUUUGCUGCUAUUUACGUCGGGUCUAGCAUUUGACUUUAUCUUUAGCCAGCUUAGGAGCCUUUCGUAUUUCUCGGUUAGAGCUUCCUUGGCUGGUGCCGAAAGUAUUGGAAUUAGUAAUAUAUCCGAUGAGGUUUCGUCGGCACUAGCCCCAGACGUAGAGUACCGAUUGAGAGAAAUUAUACAGGAAUCCCUUAAGUUUAUGCGUCACGGAAAACGAAAUAAACUUACAACUGAAGACAUAAAUAACGCCCUUCGCUCGCGCAAUGUGGAGCCUUUAUAUGGGUAUAAGGAAAGCAGUUCUUUGCGUUUUAAAAAAGUGGAAAUUACUAAAGAGGAAUUGUUCUAUUUGGAUGAACCUGAAAUAGAAUUAACGGAAAUAAUAAACGCACCUUUGCCCAGAUGCCCUGCAGAAAUUAGUUAUACGUCGCACUGGCUGGCUAUUGAGGGCGUUCAACCUGCGAUUCCGGAGAAUCCAUCAGUUGUGAUACUUGCCGACAGUUCUUCUAAUAAAACUAUUACGCAACCGCCGCAGCUGAGCAGCACUGCCAGUCAAACUACACGCGUAGCUUCUACCUUUGCAGUCGGAGCUGGCAUGCUCCAAGACGUUCGGCCUAUGAUCCGCCAUGUCGUCUCGAAGGAACUUCAAGUAUACUUCGACACAAUUGCCGCGGCGAUUUUCGGCAGCGACGAACGAGCACGAGGGGCUGCUCUCGAAAACAUAUCCUCUGAUCCUGGUUUGCAGCAACUUGUGCCUUACUUUUGCCAGUUUGCUGUUCAGCAGAUUUCUAAAAAUUCAAAGAAUUUGUUCAUUCUCACCUGCGUUGUGAAGCUUCUUCAAAGCCUGCUGGACAAUUCACAUCUAUACCUUGAGCCCUACCUACACCAGAUUUUAUCGGCGCUCCUAACUUGUGUUCUUAAGAAAUCUCUUUCGAAGAGUCUUUCGGAAGAUCACUGGUCUCUUCGCGAUCUCUCCGCUCAUCUUGUGGCCGGCAUCUGCCAAAAAUUCGGAAGGUCCUAUCCCACGCUGCAGACACGUGUAACGAGGACUUUGCUUCGCGGACUUCUUGAGCCCAAGAAACCGCUCGCUACUAAUUACGGCGCUAUUAGUUGCCUUGCAGCUUUGGGCCAGAACGUCGUUCAUCUUCUACUUCUUCCGCACGCCAGAGCACUCAGUGCACUCCUCGAACCGCAUUUGUCGUUGGGUUAUAAAAACAAGAUUCGGUUGGAGGAGGCGAUUCGUGUGAAGGAUCUUUUAUUAAAAACACUAGGUCAGUUUUUACGGUGGUACUCGCAGCAGCAGGAAUUUACUACUCUGGGUGAUGACAAGCCUGAUUUACUAGUGAAAGCCUCCCUUAAAGAAACGUAUGACGAAAUGUUUGGCAUCUUUGGAGAAGCGCUUUUGCCUUAUAUCGACUGUAAAAACGUAAAAUUACUUGACCAGCUGGCCUGUAUAAAGGCCUCUGGGCUCAACAGGCCCGCCGGUGAAUCAACAACAAUUCCGAUUGAUCAAAACUAUAAGAGUGGUGUAGAUAAUGCCAUCGUUGAUCGCAAGCUCAGCAACGAGGAGGCUCCCGAACUUGAGCUAGAAAGCGAAGAGAUUCCAGUGGCUUUGCCCUCGAAACGGAGGGUCCCCUUCGCAGACUCGCCAAAAACAAAUGAUCAUACUUUUGUUUCCAGCGAAAAAAAAUGUUUUGAUGUUAACGAUUUGUCCGAUUCAUCGAAAUCGCCCAUUGAAGAAAACGGAGAGAAGCUCGAGCUCCCAUCUUAAUUGAUUUUAGAGGCCUGCACUACUUCGUUGGUUACUAAUCGGAAAGUGGGAUGGCCCGCCCGCCUUCGGAUACAUCUAUCGGCUCUUGAAAAGCUUGAAUAUUAGAAAAUUUUAAAAAUGCGGUUCACUGCUAGCAGAAUAGCCUUAUUGUUAUUUACUUAA